UCUCCUCUCCUCACCACCAGUCUGCUGCAUCUGGAGCUGCAGCUACGGGACGAGCCGAGAGGUCAAACAACAGCCGAUUCAACAGCGAACUCCGGGAGAAAAAUGCUUUAUAAACAGUAAACUGUGCAACAGAAGUGACUGCAGCAUUGUAACACUCAAGAGCAGCAGCUCUCUACCAGUGGACCUUCCAGACCAGUGACUGUCCACCAUGUUAUCCAGGUUGAGAACAUCCUGGUCCCUGAGGCCCUGUGUCUCUGUUUGCAGAUGGGCACACACCAAAGACAAGGGCAAACCCCUCAUGCUCAACCCUCGCACCAACAAAGGCAUGGCCUUCACUCUGCAGGAGAGACAAAUGUUGGGAAUACAUGGUCUGUUGCCUCCCAAAGUGGAGACUCAGGACACUCAAGCAAUGCGCUUUCAGAAUAAUCUGAAGAAGAUGACUGAUCCCCUAGGGAAGUACGUCUACUUGAUGGGCAUCCAGGAAAGGAAUGAGAGGCUUUUCUAUAGGGUGUUGAUGGAAGACAUUGAGGAAUUGAUGCCAAUUGUCUACACUCCCACUGUAGGCCUGGCCUGCACACAGUAUGGACACAUCUUUAGGAGACCCAAAGGCUUGUUUAUCUCCAUUCGGGACAGAGGACACGUCCGUUCCAUCCUGGACAACUGGCCAGAGACUAAUGUUGCAGCAGUAGUAGUAACUGAUGGAGAGCGAAUUUUAGGAUUAGGAGACCUGGGUGUUUAUGGAAUGGGCAUCCCUGUCGGAAAACUUUGCCUGUACACUGCCUGUGCUGGCAUAAGACCCGAGCGAUGUCUGCCUGUGGCGAUAGAUGUUGGCACAGACAAUGAGACUCUCCUCAAGGAUCCGCUGUACAUGGGCCUGUACCAGAAGCGAGAUCGCUCUCAAGCCUACGAUGAUCUGAUUGAUGAGUUCAUGGAAGCGGUGGUGGAGAAGUACGGGCAGGACACACUGAUCCAGUUUGAGGACUUUGGGAACCACAAUGCUUUUCGCUUCCUCAGGAAGUACAGGGAGAAGUACUGCACCUUCAACGAUGAUAUCCAAGGCACUGCGUCUGUAGCUCUUGCUGGUCUGUUAGCAGCUCAGAGAGCCAUUGGCAAACCCAUCACUGAACACCGGGUGCUUUUCCUGGGAGCUGGAGAGGCUGCCCUUGGUAUUGCCAAUCUGAUUGUUAUGGCCAUGAUGGAGAGGGGCAUGACCCAAGCUGAUGCCAGAAAAAAGAUCUGGAUGUAUGAUAAACAUGGCCUACUUGUAAAGGACAGACCGCAGGAAACGGACUCUAACCAGGAGGCGUUUGUCCAUGACAGUCCCGGGAGUGUACAGAGCUUCCUAGAUGCUGUCAACACCAUUAAACCCACAGCUAUCAUUGGUGUGUCAGGAGCUGGACGUCUGUUCACCCACGACGUCUUAAGGUCCAUGGGAACCCUGAACGAACGACCAAUCAUCUUUGCCCUGAGUAACCCAACCACUAAAGCAGAGUGCACAGCAGAGGAUGCCUACACACUCACUGACGGUAGAUGCCUUUUCGCCAGUGGCAGUCCGUUCGGCCCAGUGACCCUGAGUGAUGGCCGCGUCUUCACUCCAGGACAGGGGAACAACGCUUACAUCUUCCCAGGUGUGGCCUUGGCUGUGAUCCUGAGUGGAGUGAGACACAUCAGUGACACAGUAUUCCUCGAGGCUGCCAAGACUCUUUCAGAGCAGCUGACGGAUAAAGAGCUGGAAGAAGGCAGACUCUAUCCUCCUCUCUCCAACAUCAGAGAGGUCUCGGUCCAGAUGGCUGUCAAGGUGGUGGAGUAUGUCUAUGCUAAAGGCAUGGCGUUCCGCUACCCUGAGCCAGUGGACAAAAACGCCUUUGUACGUGCCACUGUGUGGGACACGAACUACGACUCCUUCCUGCCAGACACCUACGACUGGCCAGGCGUCAGCUUCACCCCCAAGACUGACUCGAAGUAGAACCGGCUCUCACUGUGCCCCAUGUCACACUGUCACUCUUCCUUUGUUUUCCACUUAAGUCUUAAUCACAGAUCUUUUGAGAUGACCUUUGUUCUCUUAGUGCAAACAUCUGCUUAUGAGAAAAGGCAGUAGAAGCCCCUUUCUGCUGCUUUUCACUUACUGCAUUUGCACUAAAGCAGUCUUAUUAGAUCUGUGAAAAGGUAAAGUGGGAAAUGGCUUCUUCACAUCCGAGUUCUUUAUCACCUCUACAUCACAUGUAAACCUGUACUGUCCCUGGAGGGCCACCUAGUGGUGGAAAAAGGCAGUGUGGAAAUCUGGUUUCAUUGUUGAAACCUUGAGAUACAUUUAUAUAUUUGUCAUAAAAUACCCUUUUGUCAGGAAAGGUCAUGCUAUUUUCAAAGGCAGUCACUCCAUAUUUAAUGUAAUACUGAUUCUAAUUUGAUGCAAAAUAGUUUUGUUGUGUACACUCCUGAUGCAGAAGGUAGUCUUUGAUUAGCACCACCAAUAAGUCCACUUACUACUAUUGUGACUAUAUGUAGCUACCUGGAAAUUGCCAAACUUAAUGCACAAAUUUUAACAUGCAGUAUAGACAUUGCCUUUUUUCACAACAAGUGGACCUCCGGUGGCAGAGCAGGUCUAGUAGAGCGGAGGGUUACAGUAUUCAGCCUUUGUGUUCAAAUUAGGAGAGGAAGAGCAGAAACAAUGCUACUCAGGGGAGAGUUGGAGUGAGAUUUAGAGAAAGACUGUAGAAAAUGGUUUAAUGAAGGGAAAUUACAUGAAAUUUAUAUCUAAAAACGUGUUAGCAACCAACCUCCACUCCAACAUUUUAUUUGUGUGAAGGGUUUUCGACACGUGUUUAUUCCUCUGAAGUAAUUUUAUUUUUGGGGGUGUGUUUAGAUGUUUUGUCAUUGUGCUGUAUAUUCAUUUGAAAGCCUGUCAUUGACACUCCUUUAAUGCGUUUUGGUAAGAACUCCAAGAAUCCCUAAAAUGAACUCUUGGUUAAGUGUGAUAUACAAACAAUACCCUAAAUAUAAAGAAACAAUGUGCAGUAUCAAAUGAUUGGAUAAACAUUAUUUUUUAUUUGAAUUAUAUUUUGUUUACUGUACAUGUCCUUUUGUGGAAACUGAGACUGUUUGCUGAAAGAGUAUUUAUAAAGUUGUGUUAAGGACAUCCAUGUGUGUUUUGGCAGGUUGGUGUAUGGGCUUUGCUCCAUAUUCAACAAAACAACAGACUUAUACGCUAUAAUCAUGUACGAUGAUCAUUUAUAAUAACUUAUAACACAGUCACAUUAUCUAAUAUUGACACAACAAAAAGGUAAGGCUUUGCUUAUGCAACUAUAUUUAUAUAACAUCUUUCAACAAGGCAAUUCAAAGUGUUGUACAUAAAAGAUAAAAGGCGUUAACAAAAACACAAGCCAAUAUUAAAAGAAAUAAGGAUAAUACAGAUGAACCAGAAGAAUAAAAAAUACAGUGCAGUGCAAGAUAUGAAUAAAUAGUCAAUUUGUUUUAAUAAAAGGCAGCGGCAAACAGUACAACCAUUAAGUGUUGAUUUAAUGCAGACCCUCAAGUUUUCUGGGACUUUCCGAUUUGUGGUGCAUGAUGUCAUUUACUCAUAAUUUACACUCCGGGCUAUUUAAAAUUCGUAUUAUUGGCAUAAAAAGAUAGUGACCAAGUAGCUUUUCAAGGAAACUUCUUGAAACUGACAUUUUGACCUUUUUAAUGUGGUUUUCAUCAUCACCACACAUUCUGAAAAAAACUUUCUGCUCAUGUCCAUGUCCCAAAACCAUCCUUACUGGCACUGUUAACGUACAGUACUUGAUGUAAAACCAAGUAAUGCUAUCACCGUCAGCUAUAACUAUCUGAAAUUUCACUCAUUUUUGUAUUGUAUUGUAUUAUGUAUGUAUACAAACAUUGGUAGUGAGUGCUUAUUUUUGAUGUGAAAGGUCUAACUUCUUAUACAUUAACCAUCCAGUGUUCUCCUGUCAGCUAUACAGUUAAAUAGUCACAGUUAUAGCAGAUGGCAGCAUCCUCAAGCCCAUCAUAUAGUUCAAUAUAUUUUAUUAACUUUAUUCCAGUUAUGUUUUCCUAAAAUUCUAUAUUUAAAUUCUAUAAUCUAUCUAUAUUUCAGAUUAAUGUAUUGCAAUUAUUUCAGUGAGACAUGUGACAGUGCACCUGCCAAGAUCUUUCACUUUGCUCUGUACUCUUUCUGGCUGCAGUCUAUUAUAAUAAGUGAGCUAAAGAUCUAAAAUGAUGUGUUCAAUGUAAAAUGUGAGAAUUAAGAAACCCUGACCAUAAACACAUACAACCGUACAGCUAACAUGUGUUUAAGUCUGAAAAAGUAACACAUUACAUUAAAACUACCAAUUAGUCUAUUGUAUUUGUACUAUUGCCUUACACACAGCUUUUAAGGGCAUUGGCAGUAUCAUGCAUGAGUCUUUAAUGUGUUUAAAUAUAUAUUCUAGGCUGCUGUGUAAAUUUUAAUCUCAGGAUAUUGUAUUAGGACCUUUUAACCACCUGCAUUGAAGUGCCUGCACGAUGUUCAGUAUGUGUUCAUAAUCACGUAAUGUUCCUGAUGUAGACCUCACAGCAUGCUGCAGGCAGAGCUGAGAAACAACAGCACUAUGAGCAAUUGCGUAGUGGUCAAUGUGCAGCUUUUUCUCUGAUAGACUUCAGGUUGUGAACACAUAUUAUUAAAGACAACGUUAUCUACUUAUCUAUAUUUUUAAAUAGUUUUAUUUAAAGAAAGGACUGAGAAACAGUUUAACUGCAUUACCUGUCGUGUCACCUGUCUAUCCAGUUCUCAAUAAUUGUAAUCGAGUAUGAGUUUUUACUGUGAUCAUGUGAUUCUUGUCGUCCCCAUAAGGAACAUUUACCAUGUGUCACUGAAGUGUGCAUUCAUAUAGUGCUGUGUCCUUCUUGUUUGUGUUUUUGAAGUUUAUUUUUGUUACACAGUAAUAUUGCCUCAGCGUUGGUCUAUGGUUUGUACUCAGAGAGCAACAUAUUUGUGCUAUGUGCUGUUGAAAGUGCAGAAUAAAAACUGUUUUAUACUGGC